GAGCGCAUUAAAAAAAAAAAAAAACACCAGCAGCCACUAACCAGGACUUUGCGGAGUCCAGGGAGAGGGGAGGACGAGAGUCCUUAGCACUUAUCUCAUAGAAUUAAAGACUUUUUUUUUUAAAGGUUGACUUUCCUUCUUCCCUUUCAUGCGAGAGCUACCAUGAGCUCCUACUUUGUAAAUCCUCUUUUCUCCAAGUACAAAGGCGGCGAGUCCCUGGAACCAACUUACUACGACUGCAGAUUUCCACAAAGUGUGAGCAGAAGCCAUGCGCUCGUGUACGGUCCGGGCACCACGGCUCCCAGCUUUCAACACCCGUCACAUCACGUCCAGGAGUUCUUCCACCACGGAACCUCCAGUAUCUCUAACUCUGGAUACCAGCAAAACCCCUGCGCCCUGGCGUGCCACGGAGAGGCGUCUAAAUUCUAUGGAUACGAAGCACUACCAAGACAGUCGCUUUAUGGUGCCCAGCAAGAGACGGCCGUGGUUCAAUAUCCUGACUGUAAAUCCUCCUCCAACAGUAACUCUAGCGAGGGACAAGGGCAUUUAAAUCAAAAUUCUUCUCCCAGUCUCAUGUUCCCAUGGAUGAGACCGCACGCUCCCGGGAGGCGCAGUGGCAGGCAGACUUACAGCCGAUAUCAAACCUUGGAGCUAGAGAAGGAAUUCCUCUUCAACCCCUAUUUGACACGAAAGCGGCGCAUUGAGGUCUCUCACGCCCUCGGACUGACAGAGAGGCAGGUCAAGAUCUGGUUCCAGAACCGGAGGAUGAAAUGGAAGAAAGAAAACAACAAGGAUAAGCUACCGGGAGCCAGGGAUGAGGAGAAGACAGAGGAGGAAACCAACGAGGAAGAGGAAAAAGAAGAGGAGGAAAAAGAAGAAAGCAAGGACUGACGUCUCCUUGAAGUCCUCAUUUUAUGGCGGAUGAUAAAUCCGAGAUGUUUACGACGGUCAUUCGCUUUUAUAGAGUAUAGAACGGAGAGACUCACACACAACAGUAACUACCUGUCAAACAGUUGCAGCCCCCUUUUUUAUUGUCACAGUACUUCCCCUGCUCUCUCCCCACUCCAAUAGCAGCGGAUAUUUCUUUAUUUUAUUAUUCACUCUAAAAAUAAAGAGGGAACUGGAUUGAUUGCAACCACAUUGAAACUCAGAGUUAGGUUUCUGAGUACCAUUUACCUUGGCCUCCCCCACCCCACCCCAGUAACACCAGCAUCUCUCCCACCAACCCAACUCCUUGCAAUUUCCCCUGUUCUAAGAACAAAAAUACAGCCAUCGUCUAUACUUCUUUGGAAAUGCCUCUUGCAGCCGUCCCUCCCCAUCCUUUAAUGCUCUAAAGGGGGUUGUGAGGGAGAGCAGGAUAAUCACUUAGGUUUAUCUUAAUUUUUAAAGGAAAGCAACAACAGCAACAAGCUUAUCUACUCAUCUACUCCUCCAAGCUAAGGUACAUUUAUGAUUUCGCUUUUAGCUGUCGGCCACAACCACCUAAAGGACAAUUGUUAUCCUGAUGUUGGCGAGUUGUCCAUUUAGGAAAGGUGGAGGCUCGGCAGGUUCCUGAAGACAAACAUUUCACGCUUACUGGGUUUCUACGGACUUAAGAGAGAACUUACCUACAAGGCGCCCUCUGAUUUGCAGGACACGGGUGUACCCCUAAACACCCUCAUAUGGGGGGGGGGCGAGUUCUACUCUGAUCCAGGAAUAAAUAUACUUAGGAUACCCGUGAAAGAGAGGGAGCUAAAUUAAGGUUUCUGGGGCGAUGUGUUUAUUUGCUAGAUCACUUGUGUGAGCAUUCUUCAUGUACUACCUAAUGGGAAACCUGCAAUAAUUAGCAACAAGAUGGGGGCUUAUACAGUAGUAAAAUAACGUAAUAAAGUACUGCAAAAACCACAGCAUCAUAAUCCGUUUGAGAAGAGUUGUGUAUUGCCCUAAUGCAAGCUACUAAGUAGCAGAAAAUAAUAAUAAUAUUAUUAAUAAUAAUUAAUAAGAUCAAAACCAUUGUAAUGUAUCUUAUCACUACCUAUAGAAGGAAUCAUGCUUUGAAAGUAUUUGUAAUGCGGUUUUGUUGUCGUAUGUUGCUGCUUACGUUUUGUUUUUUGUUUUCGUUUUUUGUUUUGUUUUUGGUUUGGUUUUUUUUUUUUGGAAAAAAAAAUUCCCAACAACUGAAACUGCCUAGUUAAGGACGCACAGUAUUGUAUUAUUUUAUUGUGCUUAUAAUGUAGUUAGGACUUAAUUGCACUGAAUGUAUAGUUAUCUAUUUGUCUUGACUUAUCUGUUAAUGCAAGAUGCUCGAAGUACACCCACACAGAAAUGUCAUCUGUUUUAUGUCAACCAUAGUCUUCUACGUGUUCAAAACUCUGAAUGUAGCAAUUUCGGCUGGAAAUGCAAUUCUGGCUGACCGUGGAUUUGUAUUGUAUACGUGAGAUAUUACGUAAAUAAACAAUAAA